AUGCUGAAGAUAACCUCGCUCAAGACCUAUUUCGAUGAGAUAGAGGAGACCAACGGCGAUGAUGAAUAUAGGGCCUGGCUAAGUCGUGUCUUUGAUGCCAAAGUUAUACUAGCAAAAUUUGUUGCUGCCCGCCGGGGGGGCGGCGAGGCCACAGAAUACGUCGGUUUCCUUAAGGGUUCCUUCAACUUCAGCUUCCGCUAUAGGUUCAGUGAUGGCGGACCGGAUGCUAUUAUCCGAUUUCCAAAGCCAGGACACACUGCUACGGCCCUCAUGGAUGAGAAGGUCGCGAAUGAGGCCCAAGUCAUGAACUAUCUCAGCCAAAAUACCACGAUCCCUCUCCCUCGUAUCCUCAGCUGGGGGCUCACUGCCGAGAGUCCGCAACAGUUGGGUCCUUUCAUUAUUAUGGAUUACAUCGAGGGGACACUCCUAUCGAAUGUCCUAAAACAAUCGACGAAAAGCGACGACGAGCUACCACUCCCUGAAAAUAGCCCGUCUAGCUCCGAUAGUUGCUGUAAUCAUCUGGACUCUGUCACCUGGACCGCUGGGGGGCAACGAAUUUACUCCAUACCACACAAGUCUGGCCCCUGCCCUGCUAUGCAUGCGUGUGCACAUUCGAGUUCUUAUUUGCAGUAG